CAGUUGCGACUUCAUUAUGUCUGGACGUGGCAAGCAGGGAGGCAAAGCUCGCGCCAAGGCCAAGACUCGCUCUUCCCGAGCCGGCCUCCAGUUCCCCGUCGGCCGAGUCCACCGGCUGCUCCGCAAGGGCAACUAUGCCGAGCGCGUCGGCGCCGGCGCCCCGGUUUACCUGGCGGCGGUGCUGGAGUACCUGACCGCCGAGAUCCUGGAGCUGGCGGGAAACGCGGCCCGCGACAACAAGAAGACCCGCAUCAUCCCGCGCCACCUGCAGCUGGCCAUCCGCAACGACGAGGAGCUCAACAAGCUGCUGGGCAAGGUUACCAUUGCUCAGGGUGGUGUCCUGCCCAACAUCCAGGCCGUGUUGCUGCCCAAGAAGACCGAGAGCCACCACAAGGCUAAGGGCAAAUAGGAAUCUUUAAAGACCUACUUAAAGCAAAAGGCUCUUUUCAGAGCCACCUACAGCUUUAUGAAAAGAACUGCACUCUC